AUGUUUUUAUUUUUGAAUAUUGUAAGUACCUUCAAAACGGACAAUUUGCGGACAAAAUUUCAUAAUUUUGAAAAUUUUAUUUUAUACGUUAUUGUUAAAAUCAUGAGCAGUUGAGUUUGUCUAGAAGUAAGUUAGUUAUUUUUCCUAAGAUUUUUGAUGACUAAUAGACAUUUUACUUAUAUUUUUUACUGUUAUAUCAAAGUCAUCUAAUUUUGCUGUUUUUGUGUUUUCGUCUUAAUAACAUGCCAUUUCCGGUAAAUUUUCAAAUAAUUCAUUUACAGAUCUUCCCCUUUUUUCGUUCUUUAAUAAAUUCCCCGCCCUCGAGAAAUUUUCCAACCAAAUUUGAGCGAAUUCCAAUCCAAAUACCAUCGCCAUUGUCCAUGUAUAUAUAAUGUUUGUAGCUAUGAAUGAGAAUGAGCCCGAUCAAAGCAGCGGAUCGUUCCAUGAGGUGUCUCUAGCCGGUCUGCCCGAUCCCAUCAUGACCAUCAAAACGAAGAAGGAAAGGGCCCCCAGGUAAAAAAAAAUAAAGACAAAUAUAAACUUUUAUUUUGCUGUGUUGCUUUUGCUUAUAUUUCUUUCCUAACAGUGUGUAAAUUCUAGUCCUCUAACCUCCAGUAAUUCCAUGGAUUCUAGUGACAAACAGCCGGCGAUUACACCCAAGGGAUAUGUCAUCAUUGUCGUACUUUUCACCAUCAAUCUACUCAAUUAUAUGGAUCGGUUGACGAUAUCAGGUAUUUUUCAGAUAAUUUACGGAAUUCUACGUUUUCUUUUAUCAUCCUUGGUCAUAGAUUAUGUUUCACAACUUUAGAUUGUUGGAUAAAGUGUGAUAACUUCGUAUUUUCAGCGGUCCUAACAUCGGUAACUCGCUACUAUGACCUAACAAGUUCCCAAGGAGGUCUUCUCCAGACAGUUUUUAUAGUAUUCUUCAUGGCUGUUGCUCCCAUUUGUGGUUGGCUGGGUGAUAGAUAUAAUCGAAAAUGGAUCAUGGUUGGGGGUCUUCUUGUUUGGAUCGCCGCUGUAUUGGCAUCAACGUUUGUCCCAUCAAAUGUAGGUUUGUCAUCUACAUUUUUUAUUACUGUAUAUGGUUUUAGAUGUUCUACUUGUUCCUUUUCUUCAGAGGGAUGGUGGGCACUGGAGAAGCCUCUUACUCAGUCAUAGCGCCCACAGUUAUCGCUGAUAUGUUCAAAUCAACCGUGAGGAGUAAAGUUUUAAUGGUCUUUUAUCUGGCUAUUCCAUUGGGAAGGUAAGUUGAGUCGGGAAUUGUAGGAGAUAAAGUAAUGGUAAUACUAAUUUAACUUCUUUUUCAGUGGUCUUGGCUACAUGGUCGGCUCAACGAUAUCGUCAGCGAUGGGCGCUUGGCAAUGGGGACUUCGGGUGACUCCAAUCUUUGGAGCUGUUUGUGUCUUCAUCCUUGUUUUAUUUGUGGAAGAACCGGAAAGAGAAGUUUUGGAGAAGGUAAAGGAUGAUGAAAAUGCAUCCAUCUGGAAGGAUAUCACUUAUUUACUUAAAAAGUAAGUGAUUUACUACAUAUUUGGAUUUUUACAUAUGAUCUAUUUUAUGACAUAUUAUUUUAGUAAGACUUACUUCUUCUCUACUUGGGGCUAUACUUUUAUUAUCUUUGCUGUCGGAACGUUGAGUUGGUGGGCUCCAUCUACGAUUGAAUAUGCGAUAGCGGAUAGGAAUGGAUUAAAUAGUACCGAAGAUCUCGAACCUUCGGAGAAGGAUUCGUAAGUUUUGAUAAUAAUAUAAAAUCAUGGUGAAUUCCAGAGUUGGCACAAUCUUUGGCGGCAUCACACUGAUCUCUGGCCUAGUUGGAGUCAUCACGGGCACUCUGUUUGCAACAGCGUGGAAGAACGGAACUUAUUGCUUCAAGAAUCACUCCAGUAUCCGGGCUGAUGUAUUUGUUUGCAUAAUUGGUUCAGUCAUCGCGACUCCCUUACUUUUUGUGGCUCUUUAUACGAUUGAUGUGGGAUUGACAUUGGCUUAUGUAAGUUGCGCAAUAAUUUAUAAAAUUUGUAACUCUGUGCCAUCUCAUUAUCGCCAUCCAUUUCUUCAGAUUUUUAUUUUCUUCACGACCACUUCGCUCUCCCUCAAUUGGGCCUGUAAUGUUGACCUUCUCAUGUAUAUUGUUGUGCCGAGAAAAAGAAAUAUUGCGAGUGCAGUUCAGACCUCAGUCGGCCAUGCUUUUGGAGACGCCUCAGGUCCUUAUAUCGUCGGAUUUAUUUCCGAUUUAAUUUCUAAAGGCGACUCUUCUCCUGGAACGAAGUUUACGUCGUUGAGGACAGCUUUCUUACUGCCAAAUGCAUUACUAGUGCUGUCUGGAAUCAUGUACAUUAUCGCCGCAUUUACACUUCCACAUGAUCUGAGCAAAUUGGAGAACAUUGAGAUCCGUAAGCAGAUCUGAGAUGUUAUACGUGAUGUGCUUUUGUGUUUUUUUUUGUUUGCCUGCAAUAAUACGUUUUACGCGAUCAAUUUUGUUUGUGAUAAGCUUGUUAGAGACGUGUUUGAUGACAUCACAGUUUCACCUUUGUUAUGAAUUAGGGUUUUUAAGUCGUCAAUUUGACGCGUUGUCGAAUUGCCAUCAUUUUCGUCAUGUCAAAUUGUUCUGUCAUUUUGAUGGUCAAGUUGAGCUUUUUUGGAUUUUUUAAGAUUUUUUCCAAAUAUUUUUGUGAAUAUUAAUUUUCCCGCUGCUUUGGCAUUGUGUUUUAAACCAAGACGAUUUGAAUUUUGAACCAAUCUGAUUUUUUGGCAUUUUAGAAUACCACAAAGGGACAGAGACGAUAAAUUCGAUCAAGAAACUGAAGAAUACGGUCGGGGAUUCCACCAAAGAAAAGUACAUGCAACAGGAGUACUGA